UGAUAAAUAUGUCUGAUAUGGUUUAAACAUUCUCAAUUCAUUCAAAAAAGCAUCGCAGGUUUUUUAAUAAUGUAAUUAAGAUAGUACAUAGAAAUAACAGAGGGGAUUAUUAAUGAAAGGAGUCACAAUUGGAAAUAAUAUGAAUCUUAAAUUAUGGUUAAAUGAAAUGAGAAAUAGAAAGGAGAUAGAUUUGAAAUUAGGGAAAAUAAAUAUAAAUUAUCAUAAUGAAGAUAAAUAAUUGAAAUAUCAGAAUGAUGUUAUAUUACCAAGUAUAUUUGGAGAUGUAGAAGAUAGUCUAACAUUUCCAUUAAUUUGUUUUUAAAAAAGUAUAGAUUUAUAAUUUUAAAAGGAACCUGCAGAUAAUUGAUGAGAGAAAGUAAGAUUAUAAUAAUACGUUAGUCAGAUUUGAAGAUAAUGUGACGUCAUUAUUACCUAAUGAUUAAAGAAAUUCAAUAUUGUAUGGAUUAUUAAGGGAAUUGCUGUAUGAAAUAGAGUUUAGAGAAUAAAAUAUAUUGAUUUGUUAACAUAAGAUUACAAAAGUGUUUUACAUAUAUUUUACUGAUGGUUAGAUAUGUCCAAUAUCCAAAUGUUGUUAUACAUCUGUAGUAUUAGUAUUGGGUCAAAUUAUUGGCGGUUAAAUAAGAUGUAAUCAUGAAAACUGUCCAAUUAAGAUACUAGUGACUUUUGAUAUAUAGGAAGAUUUACUGUGGAAAUAAAAUAAAAUUGAUUUAAGCAAUAGAUUUUCUAAAUAUGUGAUUAGUGGUAAAUUUAGAACAAACAGUUUAAAAACAUCUUUAUAGCCAUUAGAAAUUUAAAAGUCUAAUCAGAACUAAAAUCAUAAUAUAAAUAGUCAAAUCAGUUACACAGAAAGAGUUUAAAGUAAAUUAAACUCAUCAUAAGUAAGUAAUUACUAGAAAAAAAGAGAAAAUAAAAAUAGAAAUAAAAAUCGAUUUCAAUCUGAUAAUUUAGAUAUAUUUAUAAAAUGA